AUGACCACAGGCUCAGAGCCAAAAGUGACUCUCUACACCUAUUUCCGGUCCUCCUGCUCUGCACGCCUGCGCAUCGCCCUGGCGCUGAAGUCUAUCCCAUACAUAUCAAUCCCCAUCAACCUGCUGAAGAACGAACAAUCCAGCACGCAAAACACAGCCGUGAACCCGUCUGCGACCGUGCCCACCCUGGUAAUCGAAUACCCCAGCCAGCCUUCAAUAAUCAUCACCCAAUCCCUCGCAGCACUCGAAUACCUCGACGAAGCCUUCCCGUCGCGCUCGAGCCUCCUCCCACCCGUUUCAGAACCAGCUCAACGCGCACUCGUGAGGACCCUAGCCUCAAUAAUAGCCUGCGACGUCCAACCCGUCACGAACCUGCGGAUUCUUCAGCGCGUGGCCCCCUUCGGCGUCGACCGGGCCGCCUGGUCAAAGGACCUCAUUGAAGCUGGGUUCGCGGCGUACGAGACUAUCGCUAAAGAGUCCGCAGGGAAGUUCAGUGUUGGAGAUAUCAUAACCCUGGCGGAUGUCUGCCUUGUUCCGGCCGUUUGGGGCGCGGAGCGGGUGGGCGUUGAUCUAGGGGAAUACCCUACGAUCAAGAGGGUUGCGGAGGCCCUGGAGCGAGAGAAGGUAGUCAAGGAAGGGCACUGGAGAACUCAGCUGGACACGCCAGAGGAGUUUAGGGUAUGA